AUGGUAGCGGAGCUGGAGAAGAAGACUGGUAGCUGCGUGUGGAGCAGCACCUGGACCUCUCCGACGAGAGGACAAAUCCCCGGCAAGACGGGGAAGGGAAAAGCAAAGGGCCAAGGAAAAGCCCAAGAGAGAACCGGGUCCGCCCGAGCCAUAGAGCGGCGGAUACUACGUGGGGCAGCAAGGCGUGCAGAAGGCUUGCUGAACACCACUGUGGAAGCAGCCAGCGGUACGACCAACAGGCCGGACCACAACGAGCUGGACUACGUGGAAGGCUUGAGACUUCAGGCCGUUCCAGAACAAGAAGUACCAGAGUUUCUGGACGUGAACAGGACUGUGGUUGGUGGUCUGCCAACACACAGCAAAGCAGGAGGAGCGACCAAGCGCGUGUGGGGCAAGUUCGAGAAGGACUACCCGAGCCUCGCCAAGGUCGUACAGUCUACACCGGGUGGAAAGGCGAGAAAGUCCUUCGCCCAGGAAGAAGGAGGUCAACGAGUAGCACAAGGACUCGUUGCACCUAGGGCACAAGUCGUGCCAACCACACUGCCACCGCCUGAGCAGCGUGGAGAAGAAGAAGUAGGAGAAGAAGAAGAAACGCACGCGGCAACUAGCGUGUGGUACUCGGUGGACGAGUUCGGGAACUUCAAGGAGGAGGUCGACGACUCGCCCGAAGAAGAGGAAAGGCCGAAGACCGAGCAAGCGUCUUCAGCGGCAACUAGCAGCUCAGUGGGUGUCUCCGAAGUCGCCCGAGCUGUUCAGGACCUAGAGCUGAGGAGCCAGAAAGCCUCAGAGGAAAGGUCGCGCGAAAGAAACCAAGAAGGUCGAGAAGAAGGACGGGACUACCAGCGUGAGGAGUUGGAGGACCGUGAAGAGCGGGACUACCAGCGUGAGGAGUUGGAGGACCGUGGAAGCAACUGGAGCGAGACAGCUUCCAGUAGCUCUACAAGCUGGUCGAGGAGUACCUGGAGUAGCAACUGGGGAAGCGACCAGUCGAGGGCUUGGGAUCCCUUGGAUGAUGCUAUGCAAACCCCCGAAGAGGAUUUGUUGGCCAAGGCGAUGUAUACGGAGUUUGAACGAACCUCCAAGAGUGUUUUCUCAGAAGAGGAAAAGGUCUCGAUCUUAGCGCAUGUAGCACCUCCAGAGCUUCAGCAAAGCAUCUUUAUGCACAGCGACGCGUUGGGCACUUACGCAAAGAUUCGAGACUACAUCGAGCAGUACCUCAUCAACAAGAACGUUUGGAAGAGACCGCAAGGAUCCCAGUUUGGAAUCACUAAGGCGGCAAACAAGGUUGAUGAUGGAGGACUGAUGGACAUGACUGUGACUGACUCAGCGGAGAGUUUGCUGUCAGUUUUCAACAUGGUAGAAAAAGGUGGUGGAGCCAUGGAACUGGCCCAAGUCUUGGAAGGACUUGGUUGGACGGUUCAGCGCUUGGCUACGUUGGCCGAUGCGACCGAUGACGAGCUGGACGAUGUGGUUGGCCAGGCUGAGGAAACAGCUAAGAAGGGGUUCGCCAUCAGGUUGCUAAAAGACUUGGUGGAACUCACGGUGCCUGCAGCUCGUAUAGCGUGGAAGGCUGAAGGCAGGGCACCAGAAGGAGAGCUGAUGCAAGCUCACCUGGCAAAACAGUUGCAAGACAAGUUGAACGAGCAUCGUUCCAGAGCGGAGACCAGACUCUUGCAGAUCGUACCACGUCAUGGGACGGCCAAAGUGGUUCGAUGGCCCACGAGACUCCAGAAGAAAUUGGAGAUGGCUGGACCGAAUCAAGCGUUGCGGGACAGCCUGGAGAGGAACGAGAGGAAUCGAUGGAUCCGGGAAUUGAAGGUGUUCCUGGAUCAGGGCAAGGCACCUGUCAUGCUUAGAUGUCAGGUGAUGGAAGGAGUGGAUAUGACCCGGCGAUUCGGCAAGGGCCGUCGGUCGACCACACUGCGGAAGCAUGUGAGGACUUGGAAGAAAGUCAGAGACUGGAUGGCCGUCACCUUCGACAAGUUCUGGCCAGAACAUCCAGAAGAGUUUGCAUUGUACUUAGAGAGUCGUGCAAACGAGCCUUGUGGACGGACGGUCCCAGGGUCUAUUUUCAAGACGUUGUUGUUUAUGGAAAAUGCUGGGGAGUUCCCGUUGGAGGAACAAUUGGGAAGAUCUCCGGCAGUGAAGAAUGUGUUAGAAGAGAUCAACUUGCAGCUGUCAGAGGAAGCUCCACGGUUCGCCAAGAAGGCGUGGCACCUACCACUGAAGGUGGUGAUAUGCCUGGAAGGCAUGGUGCUGGACUACGGUUUGGAGUCCUAUGUCAGGUGCUAUGCCUGGUAUAGGCUGAUCAAGCUAUGGAGUGGAAUGAGAUUUUGGAUCAGCAAAGAAUGCUGGGUCCAUGAUGAGACGUGGAUUUCCACGGGUUUCGAGCUGUGGUUGAAGCUGAGCCAAGAGUGUGGAGUCAUGGACAGAGACUUCAUGCUACCGGCUCCCAAUCGGGACCUCAGCGGUUUUCUGAAACGGAUGGCAAGUUACUCUUUGGCUUCGCGCUGCUCACAGGCGCUGUUCAAGGACAUGAAGAUUGGGUUUGAAGGCGCCACAGUGCCUCUCUUCGAACACGGAGUGGGGACUGUUUGGUCAGAGCACAGUGAAAGGGCUACUAUGCGUACCUGGUCUGAGGCAGCUGGAAUACCAGCGGAGAUUCGCAAACAGAUGGGCCGCUGGGGUCCAACAAUCGACCAGGGCUACGAAAGAACAUGGCGCGCCAACACAAUCAGGGCGCAAGCAAAGGUGGCUGACUUCGUCAGGCGGAGCAUUGGGGGGCAGGACCCCUUUGAUGAGGCGCUGAUCAUGAGUGCCAUUGCAGCCAGGAUAGAGCAGAUUGGCUGUCCAGGCGGCGUCAUUGAAAUCCAGAUGGAGAAGCUGGCAGUUUUCGGGAAGGGUCGUCCCCGGAAAAUCCUGAGACUGGGAGAACCAGAACAGGUGUGUGAAGAGGAAUCUUUUGAACGAGACUGGAACUUGGUCGGGCAUAUGACAGAAGAGGAGACAGCAGUUCAAGACGACACAGAGGUGCCACCCGACUGUCCUUCCAGUGGCGAAGAACUGGGUGAUCGGUGUGAGGCAGGUGAAAUUGUCCCCAGAGGGGUCUUCGUCCUCAGUAUUUGGGGACGAGGAAAUCGAAAGACGCUUCAUCGCGUGGGAGAGUGUCAUCGAGUUCCUGGGGUUCACUACAAGAAGUAUGAGGUGGUGGGAAAUGAUCCACCGGGAUCCGAUACGUUUCACCAGUCAUGCCGAGUGUGCUUUCCACGAGGCAUGGCUGCAGAAGAGUCGGAUAGCGAAGCUUCCGAUGAAGGUGCCAGCUCCUCUGAUUCAAGCACAUCAGUGGACGAGUCAGAGGAUUGA